AUGAGCGACCCCAGCCAUAAAGAAUUGUCCGAGUGUAUGGUAAAGAUUGCAUUUCAGUUGGAUGAAAAUGAAAAACUAGAAAGGUGGAUAAAAAAUGACCUUUCUUUUAAACCGACUAAAGAUGUCUAUGUUGAUGUGACCAGUGGGAUCUUCUCUGAUGGGAUAUUCAACUGGGGCAGGGUCGUGGCACUUUUCUACAUUGCUUAUCAGUUUGUCAUUAAGGCUGCUGAAAUCCGAUGUGUUGACUCAGUCAGAAGCAUUAUAAACUGGACUAUGUCUUCAAUUAGAAAAUACUCUUUAAAGUGGAUCAGGGAGCAGGGUGGAUGGGAUGGAAUCCGUUCAUAUUUCAGGACCCCCACCUGGCAGACAAUUGGAGAUUUCCUUGCUGGAGUUCUCACUGCAGGCUUAGUAGUCUACAAAAAUGCGAACCCAUAG